AUGAAUAGUUUAAAAUUCGAAAUAGAAAAAAAACGAAAGGUUUUAGAAAAUAUUACGAAAGAUCAAGGACCUAAAAAAAAGAAAUAUAUUAGUCGAGCAGAAUUAGAAAAACAAAGAGAACAAGAAUAUUUAAAAUCUCAAGCAGAAUUAGAGCAAAAACGUGAGGAAAAACGCAAAACAAAAGAUCAAACGCUUGCGUUACCGACUGAGCAAGAAAAUGCCGAAAAAUCUACAACUGAUAAUGAAAUGCAAAAGGAAGAGAACGAUGGUAGCGAUGCUUUUAAUAUUUCACAAGAAGAAGUGAUUCGUCGAUUAAGAGCGAAAGGACAACCGAUUCGUCUUUUUGGAGAAUCAGAUAAAGAUAGAAAAACAAGAUUAAGAGCAAUUGAACUUAUAGAAGAAAGGUCAGAAGGGCAACGUAAUGAUUUUAUGAGAACUUUAGAAGAAAUGGAAACUGGAUUAGAUUUGGAAGUUUUAAAAAAACAACCUGAAGAAGAUACUAAUAGAUCUUCAAAAAAGAAGAGGGCUGUUGAAGAUUUACCUUUAGAUAAUACACCAAUCGAAGUUGAACUUAUUGAAAAGGAUCCAGAUAAACUUUAUAUCCUUAUAUACACUUUCUUCAAAUGGGAACAAGAAAUGAAUAAUCGACCAGAUCAUGUAAAGAGAAGCACUCAAGGAAAAUUUGCAGCAGCUACUCAAAUGCAGACAAAUGAAUACAUGCAACCAUUCUUUAGAACACUAAAAAAAAAGGCAAUUGAACCAGACGUAUUGGCGCGGAUAACUGAAAUCACACAUUAUAUGCAAAAACGAGAGUAUAUGAACGCGAACGAUGCUUAUUUGCGAUUGUCUAUUGGGAAUGCACCAUGGCCCAUUGGUGUUACUAUGGUUGGUAUUCACGAACGUUCUGCGCGUGAAAAGAUUUUUUCGGCACAAGUUGCUCAUGUGCUCAACGAUGAGACAACGCGUAAAUGGAUUCAAUCAAUAAAACGAUUAAUGACAUUUUGCCAAUCUAAAUAUCCACCGGACGAUAAUUCACAACUUAUGGGAUAA